AUGCGAUCGGCCUCGAGGCCUGUAAUUGCCAGCUUGCGAUCAAGCACCAUCCGCGCAGCUCCUCGACGAUUCGCUUCCACAGCUCCCGCCGACAAGCCCCGAUCCUUCAAGGGUUCCUUGGCGCGAUUAGGUCUGGCAUUUGGUGCCGUAUACUACUAUAACACAAGCCCAAUCUUCGCUGAUGAGGCUAUCUCAAAAACGGUUCCAGCUCCCGCUGCAUUUUCCGAUGACGACCUUCCUACCGUCGACUCUAUUGUAGAGGAGAAGCGCAAGCAGAUCAAGGCUAAGAGCGAGGAGGCUGCCGCUUCUUCAAAGACACCCGACUCUCAACAAUCCAACCCCCAGACUGCUGCCGCCGAUGGAUCGCCUGCUGCUCUAGAGGAGGAAGCCGGCCAGCAGGGCGCUUUCAACCCCGAGACUGGCGAGAUCAACUGGGACUGCCCUUGCUUGGGUGGUAUGGCUGAUGGACCUUGUGGAGAGGAGUUCAAGACAGCUUUCAGCUGCUUCGUUUUCUCUCAAGAGGAGCCCAAGGGCAUGGACUGCAUCGACAAGUUCCAGGGAAUGCAAGAGUGCUUCAAGAAGUACCCCGAUAUCUACGGUGCCGAGCUCGCAGAUGACGAGGACGGCGCUCCUACUCCCGACUUUGGCGACGAACAGCCCUCCGGUGAACCCACGACUGCCGAAGUCAAGUCUAACGGUGAACCCGCCCGUGAAACUAUAGAUAAGGCUACCGCCGAUGCCACAAAGUCCGAUGAUUCGCAAAAGCCUGCCGAGUCCAAGACACCUGCCAAGACCUCCACUUCAACCGACUCCGCCCAGAAGCCCGCCGUUGAUGCUCACAGAGAUGCUGAGUCCAAGCCCGACGCCGAAACCGCUUCUUCCGGAUCUCGAAUGGUCCAGGAUGUUGCUAUCCCUAUAGAAAAGCCUGUGAAUGACAAGUACUGGCAGGAUAUGCAUAAGAGUGAGGUUCCCAAGAGGGAUAUCACCGCGGGAAUCACACAGGCUCACGACGCUACUGCUGCCAACGAGGAGAUCAAGCAUAUUGAGAGACAGGAGGCUGCUAAGAAGAACGCUGAGAAGAAGCAGUAA